UUUCUCAAAUCAUCAUCAUCAUUCAUCCAUCUAUAUUUCAAAAAAGAAAACAAACACGAUAAUUGUCUUCUAUUACCUCUCUCUCAUUCACCUCUCGCUAAGUGUGCGUUAGCCGUUAGGGUUCCGAUCUAAUCAUGGCGGACUCUGUUUUGAAGGAGGUUAACUGUGGCCGGCCUGAAAAGAUCCCGAAGUUGGACAAAGCUUGCGAAGGAUCGAAAUCGUCCUGGAAACAUCUCAAGCUAGGAAACGUGGAAGAUGAUGAGUAUCUUCGACAGUAUUGUUUGUUUCACUACGAAUUCCAUAAAUCCGAGGGUUUCACGGUUGAUUGGGAGAAAUAUGACUACAUGUUCCAUAUAAGGCCGUUGGAAAAUUCACCACCUAUCAGCGAUAUACGAACCAAUGCUGAUGUGAUCCGUGAUGUGACACUCUUUGCCAUUGAGAAACACAAUGAAGCUCAUGGAUCUAAACUUGUGUUUGUCGAGCAUGUCUCAGCUAAUUUCAAAUUUGCCAAUGGUCUCCUCUGCUGGUUAACAUUCUGGGCUACCGAUAUGGCCUCAUCCGCUCCUACAUCGCAGAUCUAUCAAGUCGAACUUUGGCGUCGCGGAAAACAGUUUGAAAUUCCCAUCUUCAGGGUCAAGCCUAAGGACGAAGAGAUGGAUGAUGUUGAAGUGAAACCACCCUCUCCCAUGCCUUAUGAUGACUAUGAUAAACCACCGGUUGUCUUUGUUCGAGCUGCUCCUGAAGAUGGUGUCCCUUUCGUCUUUGAUCGAACUGGAGCUCUUUAUGAUCUCUAUCGGUCUGGUUUGUAAGGAAAAAGUAUAUAUACCAUUCCUUUGGUGACAAAGAGAUAUGAUGUUAGUCACUGACUGAAAAAUCAAAUUAGGCUUGUAUUAAUAUUAUACCCUCUGAAUUUUCAACUUCUUCUAUCUCUCUAAAUGUACUAGCUUCUCUUCUAGAGAUCUAUGAACACAAAUAGAAUUGAUAUUCAAAAAUCCAUUUGUUUGAGAAAAGAAUGUAACUUUAAUUUACCUUUUUUGGUGGUGGUGGAUCUUCAUAAA